UCAGGGCGAGGCUGAGAAAGAGUUAACUCCAAUGUGCUGUGAAAAAAGACCGGCGCACCGCCUGCCUCGAGAAGACCUCCUCCAACUCCUCCUCCCCUUCCUUCUCCUCCUCCUCUUGCAGCUGUUGCGGCGGACUGGGAGCACUGGUCCGAUUCCGAAUGAGCACCCCCUCGGUACUUGUUGAUCUCGGGGCCGGGUUGAAAGGUGCUGCGGGGCGAGGAAUGCGGCGGAGUGAGGCGUCUGGAGCUCACUAGACGCGGAUGACAUGUCGGGAGGCUGAGGAGGGUGGGAAUGGAUGGCAUCACAGCUCGGCUCGAGUAGACCAGUGACGGCGGCUCCUUUUCUUUUUCUGCUACAUCUCCGUCUCUGCUGGAAGCCAACAACAACAACAACAACAACAACAACAACAACUCACCACGAGACAAUAAUGACAACAAACAUGGCAAAGUGGACGCCAUAGUUGUGGGUGCUCACCCGCUUCUCGUUUGUGAGGUUAUCAUGGAGAAGUCCUUGGCGGAGUUCAACAAGGCCGGCUCCCAGUCAACAUCGUCGCUCCCGCCCGAGCCGGUGGACGUCGUCAGUAGCAAGUCAUGCUUCCGGAGGGUCCGCCUCAAUGUGGGCGGCCUCCCGCACGAAGUCUUGUGGCGAACGCUGGACAGGCUCCCGCGGACGCGUCUGGGCAAGCUGCAAGACUGCAGCAGCCACGAGUCUCUGAUGGAGGUGUGCGACGACUACAACCUGGAUGAGAACGAGUAUUUUUUCGAUCGCCACCCGGGCGCCUUCACGUCCAUCCUCAACUUCUACCGCACGGGAAAGCUACACAUGAUGGAGGAGAUGUGCGCUCUGUCCUUCAGUCAGGAACUGGACUACUGGGGCAUCGACGAGAUCUACCUAGAGUCUUGCUGCCAAGCCAGGUACCACCAGAAGAAGGAGCAGAUGAACGAGGAGCUGAAACGGGAGGCGGAUAAUUUAAAGGACAGGGAAGGGGAAGAAUUUGACAACACGUGCUGUGCGGAGAAACGAAAGAAACUGUGGGACCUGCUGGAGAAGCCCAGCUCGUCGGUUGCUGCAAAGAUCCUGGCUAUCAUCUCCAUCCUCUUCAUCGUGCUGUCCACCAUCGCAUUGUCUCUCAACACACUACCGGAGCUGCAGGGCACAGAUGAGUUUGGCCAGUCCACCGACAACCCGCAGCUGGCCCACGUGGAAGCGGUGUGCAUUGCUUGGUUCACCAUGGAAUACCUGCUCCGCUUCCUCUCCUCUCCCAACAAGUGGAAGUUCUUCAAGGGUCCUCUGAAUGUCAUUGACCUACUGGCCAUCCUGCCGUACUACGUCACCAUCUUCCUGACGGAAUCCAACAAGAGCGUCUUGCAAUUUCAGAACGUGCGGCGUGUGGUUCAGAUUUUCCGGAUCAUGCGAAUCCUGCGCAUUCUCAAGCUUGCCCGCCACUCCACGGGACUUCAGUCUCUCGGCUUCACCCUUCGGAGAAGCUACAAUGAGCUGGGCCUACUCAUUCUUUUCCUUGCCAUGGGUAUCAUGAUCUUCUCCAGUCUGGUGUUCUUUGCCGAAAAGGAUGAGGAGGACACAAAGUUUAAAAGCAUUCCGGCUUCUUUCUGGUGGGCCACUAUCACGAUGACCACUGUGGGCUAUGGCGACAUCUACCCUAAAACUCUGCUUGGAAAGAUAGUUGGGGGUUUAUGCUGCAUAGCAGGAGUACUGGUAAUAGCUCUCCCGAUUCCCAUUAUUGUAAACAACUUCUCAGAAUUCUACAAGGAGCAAAAAAGACAAGAAAAAGCACUUAAACGCAGAGAGGCCUUGGAGAGGGCAAAGAGAAACGGUAGCAUUGUGUCCAUGAACUUGAAGGAGGCCUUUGCCCGUAGUGCAGAACUAAUGGAUGUGGUCGUGGAAAAGAAUGACAGGCCACAUGAUAACCACCUCUCACCGAGCCGUUGGAAAUGGUCUCCCAAGAGAGCCGUUUCGGAAACGAGCUCCAACCGUUCUUUCAUUGUCCAGGAUUUAGGAUCUGAAAACAAGGGCCGAAACAGCAGCCCUCAAAAGUUAAACGUUCAGAAGCUGGAGGAGAUGUACAACCAAAUGGCCAAGACCCAAUCACAACCAAACCUCAACGCUAAAGGUUCCAGGGUUGGAAAGCGAAGGGACGAGAUCGAGCUGGGAACCAUACAGGAUCACGGUCCACCAAUGUUGGGAACUACGGACGGCGUCGGCGACAUGAAAAGUUUGUCCAGCAUUGACAGCUACAUCAGUUGCGCUACGGACUUCCAGGAGAAUUCACGUUUCCCUCAGAGUACAGCAACGGACCUUUGCCACAACGAAAGCAAUCGCUCCUCCCAUAAUCCAGCGAUAGCUCUUCCCCAGCACUCUGUGGCCAAAACAGGUCAGCAAAGCACCCGUGCGCCAAUGUUGACUCCCAUCAUCGUUCCCAAACCCUCAUGCUCAGAAAAUGCAAGAAGAUUCUUAUUCUCUGGAAACGCCUCAAAAAGCCUUUUCUCCAAAGGAGGAUGUCGCAAUGAGAAGGAGCCCGGACCGUCGCCGCUCUCCGACAGCUCAAUCCUUUCCGACCACUCUCUGCUGAGUCCCGAAGUUUCCGUUUACACCACCGCCAGCAGCAGGACGCCGCCAAAGUCCCCAGAAAGCACCACCCUGGCCCCGACCGUUUUCACCUUCCAUGACUCUUCCAUCAGUAAAUAUAUCGAUGCCGACACCGAUGACGACGAACACCUGCGUGACAUCUCCGACGCCAGCCCCACAGAUUGCCUGCUGAGCGGCUCCAGCCCCAAACGCAGCAUCAACAUCAAUUACCAGAGAGCCGCCAAUCAUUUGGAAGCAGCUCAGAAAAUGCUGGGACAAAACUGUCUCUUCCCCCGGGAAGGAAUUUGCGGGGUUCCUCACGAGAAUCACUUCGGUCCGGAGAUAGGACGUAGACAAAAGGGGGAAAGGGUCCGUCAAAAUACUUUGGACAAAAGCCACUGAGGUCUGAGUGCGUAAGUACAAACCAUAAAUCGGAACAAGAGUGAUCGUGACAGGGACACUAAACACUCAACCGACCAGACACAGAAAAGGGAGUCACCAAGUUUAACCGUUUUACAAACCACCUGAGCAUGCCAUUGGGCCGUGGGCUCAGGGAGAACUCGAGGGCCGAAUACUCUGGGAGAAAAAUUCACUGCCCCUCUUUCGAUUCAUUCCAAUCAGGAGGUAGUAUUCCACAGCCUCGAAGCAAAGAAGCACCCCGAUGUAGCCGGCAGGUCUGUUCAGCGCUCCAAUGAGUCAUUUUAAGAAAGUCAAACUUGGUUCUGUGUGGUUGUUCAGGUUGACGGUUAUCGCUACAUUCUCCAGUAAAAACAGUCCAAGCAAAACUCGUUUUUUUAGUCUUGGAGCUACAGGAGAAGACUUAAAAAUGUGUAAGCUUCAUCAUGCCCUCCAUUCUCGUACCUGGCCUUAGUCAUUUGCAAUUGUUGGGGUUGCGUAUAUGUCUGCGUUCGCGCGUGUGUGUGCAUGUGAGGACGACCGAUGAUGGAUGAUCCGAUGGUAAUUCAUGUAUACUCAUGUCAAAGAUUGUCCGAUCUGAUUUAUUUUUUUAUAAAGACAAAAUAUCUUCGA